CGCACGGUAUAUAUACACACCCCCAGGUCCGCCUCAUACCGCCCAUCCAAAUCCAACGUCCGCCUAAAGAAAAACACGCACACACUUCUUCUGCUUCCCUCCCCUUGUUUCCGCUCCACUUCCCUUCCAAGCAAGAAAACCGAGGCUUCAGCUUAGCUAGGACCGACCGAUCCGAUGUGCGGCGGUGCAAUCAUCUACGACUACAUCCCGGCGCGCCGCCGGUUGUGCGCCUCCGACUUCUGGCCCGACGCCGACGACUCCGACCCCCACACCCCCGCUCCCGAGAAACCGCCGCGCGCGAAGAGGGAGCGGAAGAACCAGUACCGCGGGAUCAGGCAGCGGCCGUGGGGGAAGUGGGCGGCGGAGAUCCGCGACCCGGUGAAGGGGGUGCGCGUCUGGCUCGGCACCUACCCGACCGCCGAGGCCGCCGCGCGGGCCUACGACCGCGCCGCGCGCCGCAUCAGGGGCGCCAAGGCGAAGGUCAACUUCCCCAACGACUUCGGCGCCGCCCCCGCGCCGGCCGCGGCGGCGGCGAAGGCCGUCCCUCGCGUCGCGCCCACGCCGGCCGUGCUCCCGCCGCCCAAGAUGGAGGCGGUGUCCGAGGGCGCCGGCGCCUGCUCCUCCGACGAGGUCAAGGAGCUGUCCGAGGAGCUGCUCGCGUACGAGAACUACAUGAGCUUCCUCGGCAUCCCCUACAUGGAGGGCGGCGCCGCCUCCGCCGCCGGCGCCGAGGAAGCCGCGGCGCCCGCCGGGCUCUGGACCUUCGAAGACUACGAGCUGCCGUCGCUAGCGCUCUAGUAAAAAUGUCACAAUAAAAAUGACAUGUAUGUGAAAAAAUUUUUCCCUACCCGUAGUAAGUAACCAGUGUCUUUUUUUACCGUACUCUAUGCGUUAUUUUUGUUGAAAUUAAUCCAUUGUUGAAGUUGUAACUGUGCAUGGUCGGCGCCAGUCUCAGUGAAGCUUUUGCUGAAUCCAAGUUUUUCUCUAAUGUAAAUAUGAAAUUUCCAGUUAACUCAGCUUGCAAUUCUUACCA